GAUUUUUAAUAAAGGUUUUCGGUGAAUAUUGCGGUGUUUAGGGGUUCCAUAACAUAGAGCAUAAUAUAUUGGAGAUAGUAAUGUAAACACACCAAUCCUUGGCGCAAGUAAUUCUUAAAAUAGAAUUACACGAAACAGAUAAUUAAAAUUUGUACAAUUACGGUUUAAUUCCUACAUCCUUUUAAAUAAGUUGUGGAAAAUCUAAAAAUUGGUUUAAGACUAGCCAUACUUCGAGAUGGCAAGCGGCACUUGGGAGGAGUUCUUCGCGGCUCACCUACCUCCGCCUGACUUCGAAGACAACAGAUCGCUAUUGAAGGAGUUCUGCGAACGCCAUGAUCAAUACGGCAACAGGAUUGCUCUAGUGACCUCAGGUGGAACGACAGUGCCACUAGAGCACAAUACGGUGCGUUUCGUGGACAACUUCAGCGCCGGCACACGAGGCUCUGCUUCUGCCGAGUAUUUCUUGGAGCAUGGCUACGCUGUGAUCUUCAUGCACCGGCAGAAGUCUUUGGAGCCUUUCACGAGGCACUUCAGCGGGCAGAAGUUGCUCGAUAUGCUGGAUAUUCAGGAGCGAGGGCCCAAUACGACAAUAACCGUGAAGCCGGACAGCGUGGACGUUUUGGCUCCGAUCCUGCUGCGGUACAAGGCGGCGCAUUCGGCGGGAGCGAUCCUGCAUGUUUCGUUCACGACGGUGUCGGAGUACUUCUGGCUGUUGCGAGCCGCCUGCGAGUGCCUCACCAACCUCGGACCCCGGGCCGUGCUGUACCUGGCUGCGGCGGUGUCAGACUUCUAUAUCCCCAAGGAUCGAGUUCCCACUCAUAAGAUGCAGUCGGCAAGUGGAGCUCCGGUGAUCCAGCUCCAGCUGGUACCGAAGAUGCUGGCGCCGCUCGUGAACCUCUGGGUUCCGGAGGCCUACGUGGUCUCCUUCAAACUGGAGACGGAUGAGAAUCUCCUCGUGCCCAAGGCCAGGGCUGCCCUCGAUAAAUACAAACAUAAGAUGGUAGUGGCUAAUUUACUUCAGACGCGUCAUCAUCGUGUGAUACUUGUGACUCCGGACGAGACGCAGGAAAUAUUACUCACCCGGGAGGAGGUUCAUGCGGGUGUGGACAUCGAAGCAUCAAUAGUUCUGGAGCUGGUCCGUCUCCACGCGGAGCACCUGGCCCCCUGCGGCGCCCCCCCGGCGGCCCCCCACGGCUCGCUGGCCCCGCUGGCCCCCCACGCGCCGCCGACCCCGCGCACCCCGCGCUGACACUCGCGCACCCGACGCCGUCUCUACCUCACCGCCGACUAGACUGCACUAGCUCCCCCACAGAACAAACCACACCAUUGCGAUCAUAGUCGGUAAAAUCAAUAAAUUAUAUCCUAGCGGUCCAUAUUUAUGUUGAGUUGUCAAAGCUUUAUAAUGCUUUUUUGAGAGCGUUAUAACUCAUCAUGAAUUAGUGCCAUACUUAAACCAUACUUUCGGAGACGCUUUAGAUAUUUGCUUCUAGGUUUUCCAUACAAUUGGUAUGCAUUGGAUUUAUUCAUUAAAUUUGAUAAGCGGUGAUCCUUGAUGAGCGCGACCUUUGUUCACGAACAGAUCCAAAAAAAUCCAGAAGCUAUACUAAAAUGAUUAUAUAGUAAUUAAAACUUUGAUAAUUUUUUAUCAAGUUUUUUUUAAAUAGUGAAUACCGCUCGAGGUUAGCCAUCUAAGCGUCACAAGUAUAUUCCCAUAUUCUGAAAAUCAUAAUAAUAUGUAUAUAAUUGGAAGCAGCUUGUUGUCGACGUAUUGCCAUAGUCAAUGACACGGAUGGCUGUAGUAUUGUAAAGCUAUAGUAAAAAAACACACCCUGUGAACAAGAACGUUACAGCAAAUCUGAUGAGCGGAAAACCCGUUAGCACCAAUAGGUGCCCACUAAACAAUAAAUGGGACGUGAACUUUUGCAUGCGUAUAGAGCUGCAAUAGAUUACCUUUAUUGUAUAGUGAAAUAUUCGUCAAAAAUUGGCUUAACACGUUGAACGCCACACGAAAAAUCGAGUAUUUUCAUUCACGCAACGGUGCUCACCGGUGAACCUUAGUGAGCCUUAUUGAACCAUUCGGGCCGUGAGGGUCACCCGUGAGUCGCGUGAGGGUUCCAACGUAAACGCUUUUUACAAGCCACAUACUUCAGCUAUC